GCUUAAGCACCGCCGCACAAGGAGCGCUUUGCGAAACUCGCCAAUCCAAGAAGUCGGCAAUUCUCAUUUUAAAUGUCUCGAGCGGUCGCUGUCAAUUGCGGCUUGAAGUUAACGGUGUACUGGAAGGGCGCCUCCGAUGUCAAUCGACACACGUCCCUCAACAGCCCCCGUUCCUAUUGAAAGAUACUGCCGGGUCAGGUUCCUGCGACCGCGCAACCAUUCUAUCCCAGAUCACCUAUAAGAAAUAUAGGAGGAGACAACAGAGCUUUAUCGAUUGCUUAGAUUCAAUUCUCUAUUGAGUGGUAAAAGGGCUCAAAGCGAAGCGAUAUCCAAUACCGGCAACCAAAUUAUCUACGGGAGGAUAAACCUACACCAAAUUCCAACACUACAGUUAUUUCUCUUCCUUCGAAACAAACAAGGUCGCGCUAUAUUCAUCCAACUCUCAGUAUCUUUAUUCUGUAUCUACGUCGCUACUCGCUUCCCCGCCUUUCCUAGGUCCUGACAUGACCGCCACGGUUUUGGAAACUCCUAGGAUUAAGACGAAGUGUCGCGUACCUCUGAAGUCUAUUGAUAUGGCAACGUCCCAGGCGCAGGCGCGUCCUGCGUCUUCUGCCGCGCCUGGCAGAAAGGGGACAAGGUCGAGUGCGCGAUUGAGUUUGAGCAGUGUGGAGAAGAGCGAGGAGAAAACAGCAUCUACCAAGAGAAAACAAGAGGUUUUCGAUGAAGAAGAUGAGGGGUUCCAGUUUACUCGCAUUAAGACUAAAAAGUCAAAACCGACGGUGGAGUCUAUCCCGGAGAUCCCUCAACCAGAGAUACCCGCUCCUAAACCGUCACCGAGGAGGGGCCGACCACCCAAGAAACGUCCAGUUGAGAAGUCAGAGAGUACGAUAGCGUCGAAGAAGUCAUCGGAGAGUUCGACCAGGCAAACGAGGGCGACUGCGAAACCUACUUUAUCUGAGCCAGAAGCACAACCGGCGAGCGCCACGCGCACAACGCGCACAACGCGCAGGCAGGACAAUGGUGAAACGGCACCGGUGGAAAAGAAGAGGAAGAAAGGCAGGCCGAGUAAAUCUCAUGGUGGCGAACAGAACGGCUUUGUUUCACCCGAACCGCAACAAGCUGGGACAUCGAAGAUCACCUUACCUAUGGCGGACACACCGGUCAUACAGCGGAACAAGGAAUUGAGGGGUGCGGCGAAGUCAGGGAAAGGAAACAGACGGAGUAGCUUGGGGAUGCGGGGACGAAGGGCCAGCUCGCUAAUUGACUCCGGGGCGUCUAAUGCGUUGCCUCAUGACCAAGUUGACACUGCAGAAUUCUACAAACACAUUGCAGCUGACUUGCCGGAACCACGGAGGAUGAGACAGCUCUUGAUUUGGUGCGCGACUCGAGCAAUGAGUGAUAAACGAGGGCGCUCGGAGGAUGCGAGCGCUCGCCUAGCGGCGCGUGUAAUCCAGGAGGAGCUACUCAAAGAUUUCUCUACUAAUUCCCAGCUUUCGAACUGGUUCGAGCGAGAGGAUGUGAAUCCGCCGGCUGUCAUUGUUAAGAAGCCAAAUCCGAAGAACAUUCAAAACGCAGAUAAGAUCAAGGAGUUGGAAGAGCAAAUACAAAGGCUACAACGAGAGAGGCACGCUCUCAACGCACUUCUUCGACCACCUUCUAUUCCACAGAUCAAACCAUUGAAACAGCAGGAUACGGCACCGGAUGGCCAACAAGAACCCCGGCAAUCCGACGCUGAACCCAAACCUCGGUCAGAACCUGAACCGAUUGACUUAUCUUUAUUAGACCCUUCACAGCAAAAUAUCUACGAAUCGAUAGAUCCCGACUCCGCAAAGUGGAAACCUGAUUCUGAGACUCGGGCGGCGUCAUCGUCAGAACUUAGCUUACCACCAGUAACACCAUCGGCUAUAUCCACAAGGCUUUCCCGGAUAACCCAUGCUCUAGCGCCGACCCUCGAUUCAUUGGCGGCCGGCAUUCACGAUAUCGAACUUUACCGAACCAUGUCAGACACCGUAUCGUCGCGAGUACUGCGCAUCUGCGCCGAGCGACUGGAUGAACGGGAUGCAGGAAACGCAAUGCGUCGACUUGCAGCAGAGGAGGGCGAGGGCGAGGGCGAGAGCAAGAACCUCACCCUGCGGCCACGGCCGAGAGAAGACCUUGGUCUGAUUCUUGGGGCAUUAAGUCGGAUAGAGAGGUGAUGGGGACAUAUUGAUGUUUAAUGGGGUCGAAUGAACGUCUCCCUUCUUUGUUAUCUAUUUCAUUUGUAUCCGGCCGGAUUACAGUGGCCGGAGUUGUUGGGUUCAUUCAUUGGCGGCAUACAAGCAAUGGAGUUGGGGUGUUCUGGACGAUGCUUGACGUGGAUAUGGUGGCUAUGGCUAUGAUCGGACAGCAAUUCACUUUGGCACUUUACAAGGGA